AUGGAAGAGGCACAUGGAGGUUUGGAUUGCUCUCUCCAUUUUGGUUUAUGGAAGAGGAGUGUUGCAGCCAGGAUAAACAACUUGGACGAAAUGGUAAAUCUGGCUGUAUCUGAGGUUAAGGCUGAGGAACUCUUGGACGUCAAUGGAAUCAACCCACCCUUUCCCCGUGUUCCUCCUCGUGCUUCAACCUCUGCUCUGGAACUCUAA